GGUGGGUGUGGGAAACUUCGGUCCAUACAGGGUGGGGCUGGGUCGGCUCAGUUGGUAGGAGAAGGGGGUGUGUGUCAGCUUAAAGAUACCGUGCAGUACAUUCCGGGACAGGCAUGCAAGUAUUCUGAUUCAAGAAGGGAGCGAGUGAAGGAAAAAAAAAAGUUUGCAAAAGUUUGACCCUGUGAGAUUACUACUCGGGACGAUCGCAGAGGAUUCAUCGCUGAUCCAGAGACGAAUCCACACGGAUAAAAAUGCCAGGUGAGCGGUUGACAGUAAGAGACACAUCGGAGGUGGGGCGUUUCUCCGGAGCAGCCCCGCCCACCAGGGUGGAGCUGACCAUUCACAAUGAGGGGGAGAAGAAACAGGAGGAGGGAGGCUGCCGUCGUUGGUUCAGGAAGAUGUGUCCGUGCUGCUGUAAGCGCCAGAACAGCACCUCAUAUGAUGUUACAGACAAGGUGGAAUAUGUCAAACCCCCCGCACCUGCAAAGCCAAAACCUGAGAAUGGAGAAGCAAAGGAAAUAGAAGAAAUGAAGUUGUCAGUGUGUUCCGUGGACCUGCUCAGCUCCAAGAUGGGUCAGAACAGACAGGAGCACCACACCGACUUGUAUCACGGGGACGAGCUGAUCAUCCGCAGAGGACAGACCUUCCAGAUAGAGCUGGAGCUCAACAGGCCCUUCAAUGCUGACAAUGACAAGCUGCAUCUGGACUUAAGAACAGGUCCCCUGCCCAUGGUGUCCAAAGGCACCCAUGUCAUUGUCCCACUGGUGGAUCACCUGGAGGAUGACCGCUGGGAGGCCAAGAUUGUAGAGAAGAACAGCAACAAGAUCAAGCUGUCCGUCAACUCGCCAGCCAGUGCUGUGAUUGGCCUGUACGGGGUCACGGUGACAACUAGCUCUUCAAAGGAUGAGGCGCCAACUACUUACAACUCCAGCAACAGCAUUGUCAUGCUCUUCAACCCUUGGUGUGAAGAGGAUGUGGUGUUCCUGGAUGACGAGGAGGAGAGGAAGGAGUACGUUCUGAAUGACAUCGGAAGGAUUUAUUAUGGCACAGAGAAACAAAUAGGUGCCCGCACAUGGAACUUUGGUCAGUUUCAUGAGGGAAUCCUGGAAGCAUGUCUGUUUAUCCUGGAAAAGAGUGACAUGCCGCCAUCUGGUCGAGGGGAUCCUGUCAAUGUGGUUAGAGUCAUAUCUGCCAUGAUAAAUGCUCAGGAUGACUUUGGGGUUCUGGUGGGGAACUGGUCUGGGGAUUACUCCGAUGGAGUCUCUCCGUCAGCGUGGAGCAGCAGCGUGGAGAUCCUGAGGAAGUAUUUGUCUUCCAACGGAACGCCUGUGUCAUAUGGACAGUGUUGGGUGUUCUCUGGGAUCACUACAACAGUGCUGCGAUGUCUUGGCAUACCCGCCCGCAGUGUGACCAACUUCCAGUCAGCUCAUGAUACUGAUGUAUCCCUCACCACAGAUGUGUAUUUCGAUGAGAACAUGAAGCUGAUUGACUACCUCAAUAGGGACUCUGUGUGGAACUUCCACGUGUGGAAUGACUGCUGGUUGGCAAGACCAGACCUGCCCCCUGGUCAUGGAGGUUGGCAGGCUGUUGACUCUACUCCCCAGGAAACGAGCCAGGGCACCUUCCGCUGCGGCCCGGCCUCUGUCAACGCCAUCCGCUCUGGCCAGGUCUACCUCAAACACGACACGCCGUUUGUCUUUGCCGAGGUAAACAGUGAUAAGAUCUACUGGCAGAGGAAACUGGACGGUACUUUCCGACAGAUCCAAAGUGAGAAGAAAGCUGUCGGCCACUGCAUCAGUACUAAAGCAGUGGGCUCCGACGAGCGGGCAGACAUCACACACCUGUACAAACACCCAGAAGGUUCGGAUGAGGAACGCAUCGCUGUGGAGACUGCCAGUCGCUAUGGCAGCAAGCCAGAUGUCUACUCGUCGGCCAUGGCGGAGGAUGUGUGCUUGGAGGUAAAGAUGGAGGGCGAGGGGCCCAGGAUGGGUGCUGACGCCCAGCUGAGCAUCCUGGUGAAGAACCUGAGCUCACAGCCGCGUAGGACCACUCUGCACAGCCAGGUGGCUGUCAUGUACUACACGGGUGUGCUGAAGGGAACUAUUAAGAAGGAGCAGAUGCAUGUGGAGCUUUUGCCCAAUGAAGAAAAGACCAUUGAGUGGGUGCUGCCCUACCAACAGUACCAAAACCAGCUGGUGGAUCAGGCAGCUCUGAUGCUGACCCUGUCUGGAAGAGUCAAUGAGACCCAGCAAGUAUUAGCCAACCAGACCUCCUUCAGGCUCCGCACACCUGACCUCAAAAUCACACCUUUGGGAGAUGCUUUUGUUGGGAAGGAAAUGGCAGCCAAGAUUACCUUCACCAACCCGUUGCCACGUAUGCUAAAGGGAGUGGUGUUCAGAGUGGAGGGCCUGGGUCUGCAGGAGGGCCAUGAAGUGGUUGUUGGUGAUGUAGGCGGCCACUCUAUAGUGACACUGACAGAACACUUCAUCCCCACCCAGCCUGGACCCAGAAAGCUGGUGGCGUCUCUUGACUGUAAACAGCUCACACAAGUGCACGGAGUGGCUGAUAUUGUCGUUCUUGAGCAAUGAGGGGCAACAUCACUUCCUGUCCUAUUACUUUUUACGUAUAAAGUAUGAACCAAAAGCCUUUAACUAUAUGAAAAAUGUGUAAUCUUCCUGUAUCUUAAACCAUCUUGAUUAUUUUGUACUACAGCAAAAACUGUUUUUGAUAUUUUUAAAACUAUGAAUAGACAAUUAGCAAAUGUAGCAUUAUCAGUAUUCACACUUCUGCCUUGCUCUGAGAUGUCUAAACUGUGGUGAUGUAUGCAGGAGGCUUAAAAAUAUACUAACAGCAAACACAGUGCUGUAGUUAACAAGCAUACGCAGAUUGAAGUUACAAAACUGUCAGAUUACACAGACUGUUCUAACACUAGUGCGUUUUAAGACACUGAAGCAUGUGGAGGUGCAUAAUGCCAGGUUAGGUUAUUGCGUGAUAAUGUAAAUAUUGUGUGUCUAUUAUCCCUAUAGCUUUGCAUAGGAUGAAAAGUAUGUGAAAAGUGUUGUCAGACAAAAUGAACCUCACAUGGCUUACAUGAAGGAAGGGUCUUGUGAGAUGUUUUUAAAGGGAAUGAUGUUGAAAUUGGCUGUGACAUUUUGCAAAAGGCAAAUUAUUGUAAUUUCCCAUGAUUUUUGGUCACACUUGACUGAAAACUAUAAAUUAAAUUAAAAAGUAAAAUCUAUAAGGAAAUUGCCAAAAAGGUUAUUUUAAUCACUAGAUAGAAGGCAAAUAAUGCCUCCUUGAUUUUGAAAAUCAACAAGUUACCACUCAUAAAACGCUUUGCAUUUUCAGAAUGCAAAGCUAAAGGUUUCCUUAGAAAGAAUUCUCACAGAUGUUGUUCUGUGUGUGAUACUCCAUCAUGUGUGUGU